GGUUUGAAUCAUUGUUCGUUCUUCGCUUCUUACUCUGUUCUUGUGCCAGUUGGGUCGUCAUCGUCACCGAAUAUGCCAUUGGUAAGCGUUAUGCAAAUGCAGGUCAUGUCGUCCAUCAGAAUUCAACAAGAGGAGACUGAAGGUCUCUUUCCUGAUCUCGGUCCAUGGAAGAAUACACCGGUCAAACAAGCCGCAUUAACGCAUCCAUUGGGCAUGGAUGCUUUACCGCGUCAAAACUAUGAGAAGGCCAAACGAGAACCGUUUCGUUUAAAUGUGAUUGUCGUAGGCGAAACCGGUCUCGGCAAAUCGACAUUUUUGAAUACGUUGUUCAAUACGGAUCUGAAAGAGCCGUCAAUCAAGCAACCUGAACACACUGAAACCGUUGAAAUUACACCUGUCACUUAUGAGCUGGAAGAAGAUGGAGUGACCAUGCUGUUGAGUGUCAUUGACACUCCUGGAUUUGGGGAUCGUCUCGAUAGAACGAAAGACCUUGAACCGAUUCUCGAAUACAUUCAAGAACAGAAUCGCGCCUUUCACCAGGCAGAACGCAGCGCUCAAUUCCGACGCAAACAUCUAGAUACCCGUGUUCACGCAUGCCUCUAUUUUAUUGCUCCUACAGGUCACAGCAUGAAAGAGAUGGAUAUCGUGGCGUUACGCGCUAUCGCGUCCAAAGUCAAUGUCAUUCCCGUGAUUGCCAAAGCCGAUGGUUUGACCAAAGAUGAAACGAUAUCCUUCAAGAAAACGAUUUUGGAAGACCUUGAAAAGUAUGGAAUUCCCAUUUAUCCCACAUCCUAUCCCAAUGAUCGUGAUCCCUUGGAGGAGUUGGAGAAACAUAUUCCUUUUGCCGUUAUUGGCAGUAACGAUUUUGUGGAAGUGGAUGGCAAAAAAGUGCGUGGACGUGAAUAUCGAUGGGGGUCCGUUCAAGUGGAAAAUCCCGAUCAUUGCGAUUUUGUUUAUUUGCGUGAAAUGUUAAUGAUCCAUUGCCUUCAUGAGCUCAGCGAUAUUACGCAUGAUCAUCAUUACCACGCUUACCGUGCGCAUCAGCUCACGGGAGGCGAAGAACGACCUCAAUCGCUUCUGAAAUGCGAUGAAGAAUACGAUGCACGUAUCGAUACCAUGAAGAGCACACUGGUCAAUGAAAUGUCACAGAGAGAGGAAGAAAUACGACAACAAUUUGUGCAAAAAGUGCGUGAAACUGAGCAAAUUCUGAAGAACCGUGAGGAAGAGCUUCAAAGAAAACGCGAUGAGCUAAAGAGAGAGCUGGAACAACAGAAACAGCAACUUGACAGAGAAGAACACGAACUGAAUGAAUGGCGUGACACAAUAGAAGCCCACCACGGCACCAUUCGACGAAAGUAAGAAAAACGAGUGCGACGUACGAAGAAUGUAAACUAUACACUA